GUCGCCCAUUCACGCAGUCGCGGGAAGCAGCUCUGAUCAGGCAGGCUGCAGGCUGAGGCUGACAGCUGCAGCUGGGGCUCAAGCGCCGCGCACGCGACACCAGCCCUGCGCCGGACGGCUCAAAACGCGUUGCCACAGUCCUCUCAGCUAAAACUUGAACGAUCUCGCAUCGCUGCGGCACUGGACGUCUCACAGCAAUGGAGGCACCCCAGCAGGAGGGCAAAAGCCAGCGGACGCGCCGCUUGAACGACGAGCUCCAUUCAUUAGUACGACAAAGAAACUUAAAAGCAUGCCUUGCAAAGCUAGCACAGGGCGAAAAAGAUAAAAAUGUCGAUGGAAGGAGUUAUGCGACCGCCUGUGCCGCGUGCGGCGACGCCGGCGACGGUGCAAAGGCGUUGGAAUUACUACGGACCGCGGGCGCGCGGGGAGGUAAAUGCUCACCGGGCGUCGAGGCCUGCACGGCGGCCGUGAAAGCUCUGGGUGCUUCCGAUGUCGACGCUGCGUUUUCACUGGUCGAAGCCAUGCAUCGCGCGGGCUCGUCCCACGCGCCCCAUGCAUGCGGCCCGCUCACGGACAUCGCAAAGCCGAACCAGCGGACGCUCAACACUUUGUUGCGGGCGUGUUUGACUGCUGGGCGCAUUGACGUCGCGAAAAAGGCUUUGACACUAGUAGAGCCAGACGCCUCGUCAAAGACGUACGUGGCGGCCAUGUACUGCGCCGCGCUCGACCCAAUUAACGCUAGGAAAACGCUGGGCGACGACGCCGACGCUUCGUCAUUAGUGGCGGUCGCGGCCGCCGAAGCGUUACUUGGGGAAACAAAGUGCACGGAAACGGCGCGCCAGGCGUUGACCGUCGUGGGCCGCCACAACACACAAGGUAUCAGGGACGACGCUAGGCGUCAAGCUUCGAACGAGGCGUUUCGCCGCCAUAGGGACGAGGAGGCGCGCCGCGAGGCGUCGGUCAUCGAAGUCGUGCCGGCGUCUCGUACCGUCGAGGCGCUGAAGCGGGUGCUCUGUUGUUCCCAAAGCGAGGUGUUGUCUGGCGUCGAGCGGAGAGAUGCUUUGAACCUACGAUUUGGCCUCGAUGAAGCCCUCUUCGCUUCGGAACGAGCCCGGGCGCCGGGCGAUGGUCGGGGCGCCAAGAAGAAGCGGCGCGACGCCGUGCGUGUUGUUAGGGAUGCGAUCGCGAGCGAUGCGCGCUUCACACCACCGAUCGACGUCCUCGAGUUGGUUGAUGCCACAUCUAUCGUCGUGGAACUGGGCAGCGGUAGUGGCGAGUGGGCCGCGGCAAAGGCCUUGCAUGAUCCUACGAUAGCUUUGUUAGCUGUGGAGUCGCGCUGCGACCGCGCCGCAUCUAUUAUCAAACGCAGCGUGCUCGACUCUGUAAAUAACUUGUGCGUCGCGCACGGCGCCGCGGCGAACGUUUUGAAUGCGCUGGCGCCGGGCAGCGUGUCCUGUAUCCACGCGAACUUUCCCGAGCCACCCUCGCAAACAUGUAUUGAUACCGACAUGCCGCACAUGUUGUCUGGCGAAUGUUUUUCGAGCGCGGCGCGCGCGCUGAAGCCCGGUGGGAGGUUUGUGGUUGUGAGCGACAACGAGGCCUUCGCCCGGUAUUUAGUGGCGGACAUUCAUGAAGCCUUUGACACCGUGCGGCUGCCUUAUCGAGAGGUGGCGGCCGGCCUCUACGUCGGCGCGCCUUGUGAACAGAUAGGGUGGCCGUCGAAGGGCGACUCGUAUUUUGAUCGGUUGUGGCGCCGCGGCGUGUCGAGGCACUCGGCGACGGCCGACCGGUACGUGAUGUGUUGGGAGCGGAACGGCGCGGCCGUCGGGGCGGUCCCUGAGCGGCAUGACGACGUCGUCGUCGUCGAGAAGAAGCGGAAGUCGUCGAAGGGCCUGAAGCACCUGUUGAAGAAGAAGCGCAAAAGGCGGAAGAAAGCUAGUGAGUAAUCUGUG